UUAAGAGGCUGGCGCAGUAGAGGGCGGACAGUGGGGUGGGGACUCAAGAGACAGGUGUCAACGGUCACGGAGCUCCUUAUUUUACUUUCCUUUAUUUUUUAAUACUCACUAUACUGAUAAUAAUAACAAUAAUAAUAAUAAUAAUAAUAAUAAUAGUCACAGCCAGCAACACUCAACAAAUCUAAACGAGCUUUUGUUUUCACUCAUUUUAUUUUGUUGAUUUAUUUGUUUAAAUAAAAUACCUAGCCGGCGUCAAGUGACUUACGGUCGACAACGAGGCCUUAUAUGUCAUAUUAUCAAGGCCGUAUAAAUGGUGACGCAUUGAGUAUCUGCAAUGAAUUUCCCACCGUUUGGAAGUCACUUUCCUGCUACAAUCCCUAGUAUUCAUCAGUUUACUGCUGACGGUAGUAGUGGAAGCACUGCUAGGUAUGCUAAUCACUUUCCGAAUCAGCCUCCGAUCGGGGUACCGGUUGUGGGAAAGUAUCGCUCCGAAAUAAAUGGCGGUCAGACUGGACAGAGCCAGGGGAUGAUUAGUAAUAAAACUGCUUAUUCGAAUAGUAAUGUACAUUCUCAUUAUGCCAAUGUACCCUACUCACAAGCACAGUCUGUGCAGCAGCGUCCUGCUAAUUCUCCGGGGAUGCAAGAAAAAAGAUCUUAUCAUCAGGACGUGUGUAAUUUACUACAAGAAAAAGAUAAAAAGGAAAAAAAGUCGGAAGAGCAGCAGAGAAAUACUGGUGACUCGGCCAGUACAAAUGACAGUGGCCAGCAAGACUACUCGUCGAUCCACCAGCAUCAUCAGCAACACGCUCACACCCAGACACCAGCGUCAAUGCCGGCAACCUGGCAAUCGCUGGCGACUCCUGGAUCGACAGUCGCGGAUUACCUGAGCCACCUCCCAGCAAGUACGUUGCCGUUAAGCUUGCACCAUUUUUUAAAAUACUCCGCCGAGAGUAUAAAAAAAGAGUCUGAGAUGCAAGCACACACGACCUCGGUGGCAGUCGCUACGACGACCACGCCAAAUAUCAUGAUGUCGCCUACCACCAAGAAGAAGAAAAAGAAGAAAGUACCAAAGGAAAAAAAGCCCCGACCAAAACCUGGAGAAAUACGAUUGACAACCGCUCUUGAUGGCUCGACUCUCUACUGCUGUCCCGAGUGUCAUAUGGCCUAUCCCGAACGUGAGCUUCUUGAGCAGCAUCUCCUGGGUCAUACUCUCGAGCGUCGGUUCGUCUGCGAUAUCUGCGGUGCUGGGCUUAAACGUAAAGACCAUCUCACCCGUCAUAAACAGAGCCACAACCCGGAGAGACCCUAUGUUUGUACUGUUUGUCUGAAGGCUUUCAAACGGAAGGAGCAAUUGACUUUGCAUUUCGUUAUACACUCUGGGGAAAAGAGGCAUGUUUGCACCGAAUGUGGUAAAGGCUUCUAUCGGAAAGACCAUCUUAGAAAACACACACGGAGUCAUAUUGCGAGAAGAGUUAAAGCUGAACUUAGUCAAAAUGCUGGAGGAAGUCAACAACAGAGUCAACCACAAAACAAUGUUACGAAUAUGCAAGCAACAGCAGUAUCAACUUCGUCUGUUUUGCCCGGUGGACAUCCUGGCCCCCUCCUGUCCUGAGCCCCGCCAUCUGGGAGCUUUCAGGUUCCCCAUCCGACGAAUAAUAGUGUCAUUAACUCUCAUCAGACUACCAGCAGCCAUCAGACGCACCACCAUCAUCAUCUCGCGGCAGUCAAUGCCGCGGCUCAUCAAGCAGCUGUCAGCGUCCACGCUGCUACGUCUAGCCAGUAUCAAAGUCACGAACUCAGCUUUCUUAGUCACGUCAAAAAUUUCUGAGAAUUACAAUUAUCUUUAACAGGUAAGCAUUCGUUUAUUAGCUCUACGAUGGAUAAACAAAUUCUGUCUUUUACAAGACAAUGACAAUUUUUAAUUAUCAUAGUAAUGAUGAUUAAUAAUUAAUAAUUAUUGCUACUAGUUUAUCCUAAUGUACAGAUCGACGAGAGUUUAAAAUCAAUAUUUUCAUAAAUAAAAUUCACGGUCAUAAUUCAAUUAUUAAAUACAUUAGAGAUACUAUUGUUUGU